CGGUGCCUUUCUCUUUGACAGCAACAGAAACUCACGCUGAUAAACUGAACAAACACACUCACUUCAUACCAACCACUCAGGCAGAGUAGGACCGCUUUCCUCAGUAUGUCUUCCCAGAAUAAAAAAGGGGAUGUAAAGGCCAUGAUGGCUCGCUUCCAGGCGGGUGGAGCGAGCACUGACGAGACCUCCUCCCCAGCCGUGGGACGCCCGAAACAACCCCUGCAUCCCACAGUCUCCUCUGGCCCGACCAUUCAGGCAAAGAAACCUGUCUUGGAGAGCCUCUCAGGCAGUGCAAUUAAUACUCCUCCUAAACCUCCUUCUUUUCUUAAAAACACAGUAUCAACUAAAAGUGACACAGACGUACAUGAACCAAACAGAGCUAAAGCCCUGGCAAGCCGGUUUGGAGGCCCCCAGGAUGACACCAACACAAACAGCAAACCUUUUGUUGGUAAUAAACAGCAGGUACCCUAUAAGCUACCUCUUUCACAGGCCACCGAAAAUAAACCCCCCAUUCAGAAGCCCCCUUUCAACAAGCCCCCCCUCAGCCACACCUUAUCCGACACCAAACCAACCUUUCCUAAACCAUCUCUGGCAGUCGGCUCCAAGCCCAGCUGGAUUAAAGAAGACAGUGGUGGAAGUGUAACCAGCUCACCACCACCCAAGCUUCCAUUGCAACAAAAACCGAGCAGCAGCAUUGGAAAGUUACGACAGCACAAUGAAGAAAUCGCAGGAUCCAACGCAGACACAAACCUGCAAAACAAACCAGCAAACAAACCUGCCCCAGUGCCAAGCCCUGCUAUUAAGCCCACGUCCAACUUCAGGAAUGCUCAAAAUAUGUUCAACAAGGAGAAGGAAAAGGCUGAGUCGUCAGAUGGUGAUGUGAAAUCAGAUGGAGCCAAGAAGCCACCGCUUGCUGCCACUAUCUCUGCCCCUCCUCCAAAACCUCCAGCCAAUAAAAAACCAAGCAUCAGGAGGCCACCUCAGACCAGAACCCAGAUAGGCAAAGUUAACAGUGAUGCCACUGCAGGCCCAAAACGUAACCCCCUCCCCAACAGUUUAGCUCUAGGCCCUGCGCCUGCCAAACCCAACCGACCCCCCAAAGUCAACCUGGAGAACUUCAAGAGAGGUGCUGAGGCCUCGGAUGAUGGUCCUGGCACCUUUAAGAAACCUCUCAUCCCGACUCCUCCUACCUCUCAUCCCAGUAACAAUAUCAACCAUGUGACCCCGACUCAACCCCCACAGCAAGCACUUCCUAGUCUGCCUCCACGACAUCCUGGAACCAUGCCUCAGCAGGAGGACUUCUAUGAUGAUGUUGACGAGUUCAGCAGCCCUCCCCCUCCUCUUCCACCAUCUACAGGUCAUCCAAGUCAGAAGGGACAGGUGGAAAGUGAUGAUGAUGACGGAGAGAUGUAUGAGGACCUUGAUGAGAGAUGGGAUUUAGCUGACCAGAAACAAGACAAGAUAAAUGAGAAAGAGGAAAAAAAACGACUGGAGGCUGAAAGGAAGGAGCAGAAGGAGCGUGAGAAAAAAGAACAAGAUGCGAGAAAGAAAUUCAAAUUGGUCGGUCCCCUUGAAGCAGUCCACCAAGGGAAGGCCUGUGUGGACUGUCGAGGCAGUAAGACUGACCUUGCUCUGAAGCAGGGAGACAGCCUGGACAUCAUACGAGUGCAGGGUAACCCAGAGGGAAAAUGGUUGGGGCGAACACAGGAUGGAUCCAUUGGUUAUGUAAAGACGACAUCAGUGGAAAUUGAUUUCAACUCUCUGAAGAAUCACAAAGCUCAGCAGGCCUACGACCCCGAGGUCUAUGAUGACAUCGAUGUAGCUAUGGCUGAUAACAGUGGGAUCAAAGGACCAGGAGUCGUCCUGCCUCCACUGCCAGGAGAAGAAGGAGAAAUAUAUGAUGAUGUUGUUGAUCUAAAUCUGGAAGUCAGUCCCUUGGAUCUUAGGUCCUCUUUCACGAAGCCUCGCGGCUUCCUGCGGAUGUUCGAGCGAAGCAGACGUCAAGUCAGCACUAAAGUAGUGCCUCCGCCCAGCCAGUUUACUGCAGAGGGGAAUUCAGAUCAGACUGAGGCCAUUGAUGAGGAGAUAUAUGAUGAUGUUGACUCUCAAAAUGUGCCUCCCCUACCUCCCAUCAGCAGCCUUCCAACCUUGAAAAGCAAAGGCAAAACAGAAGAGAUGGACUCAAAGAAGCAGAAAAAGUUUGAGAAAGAAGAGAAGGACUUCAGGAAAAAGUUUAAAUAUGAUGGGGAGGUCCAGGUACUGUACCAGGUGAACGUCAUCCCAUCACUGAAUAAUAAGAAGUGGGGCAGUAAAGACCUUCAAGUCAAAGCAGGAGAGAAACUUGAUGUGAUUGCUAAAGCUGUAGACAACAAACUGAUCUGUCGGAAUGAGGAUGGGAAGUUCGGUUAUGUUUCAACCAGUCACAUUGACAUGGACGAUGGUGAUAUCUAUGACGAUAUUGGAGAUGAUUGCAUCUAUGACAACGACUGAAGAACCAUCCUUCACUGGGUUUAGCAUUGCCUCCUCAAAAAUCCACGUUAUUUAUUUUUUUGAUGACACAUGAUGGAAGCUACUUUUUGUUAGCCUGAUUAUUAGAUUGAAUUGUAAUUGUAAAUUAUAACUUUGUUUAUUUAUGAAUCUAAAUUUGAAUUGCUAAGGCUAAUUUAAUUACGUCUUAGCAAUAUGAUAAAUUCAAAUAUAAAAAAUCUGAGGUUUUUAGCCUUCAACAUCUCAACAAAGUUUGUCUCAUGUAACAUUCGACAGUAUUUGAAUUCUGUUUACUUUUUUUUCAUUUGGACUUUUACAAACUCAACAGCUCUUUAUUUAUAUGUAUUAUAAUUUCUUGCAUUGAAUUUUACAACUUUAUAAUAGCAGUGUAUUUAAAACAACUUUUUAACAUUAUGUACUUGUUUGUUUAUCAUUAUCAUUUCAUUGUAAGGACCACUAGAAUUGAACAGCUUCAUAAUUCACUAUGUUUUCACAUAACUCAACUUUCAACAUGCAUUGAAAAAUACAGUCCUACUGCCAAAGUGUCUAAAAUACUGUACACACUAGUUUCAAAUAUGUACAUGCAAAUUUGGAAAUCAAAUUGAAGCUUUGUUGUUGAGAGCAUAUAUCUUCCUGUUUCUUGCUUAUAAACAUGAGCUGUGUGUUUGCAGUUUUAUAAUAUGUAUCCAGCUUCAGAAAGACCCUUAAAACUUUUUUCAAAAAUAAAAGAAAAUCUGCCACAAGAAA